AUUUGCCGGCUGGGUGUGAGUGAGAUGCCAUCAAAACAUGAGCUAGGACAACCUUCCCCAAAAGAUUCUGCCUACUCCAAACUCUUAUUCUUGUUGUUGUUUUUGAGAAGCUAGGUGCCUACCGUUUAUUUAUUUAUUUUUAUUUAAAAGGAAGCCAGUGAAUUAAAAAUGAGACUAAAUAUCGCCAUCUUCUUUGGUGCUGUCUUUGGUGCUUUGGGGGUUUUACUCUUUUUAGUGGCCUUUGGAUCGGAUUAUUGGCUUCUCGCAACUGAAGUGGGAAGGUGUUCAGGUGAACAGAAUAUAGAGAAUGUUACUUUUCACCAUGAAGGAUUCUUCUGGAGAUGUUGGUUUAAUGGGAUUGUGGAAGAGAACAACUCUAAUAUUUGGAAGUUCUGGUACACCAAUCAGCCACCAUCUAAGAACUGCACCCAUGCUUAUCUGUCCCCGUACCCCUUCAUGAGAGGCGCACACAAUUCGACCUCCUAUGACUCUGCAGUGAGUUUGGCAAAGAAGGUAGCAUUUGCUUAUAUCACACCAACACCCCACAUUAUGGAGGGAGUCUGCGGUCUGGUUAGGGAAGGAAAGCAGCUGGCUUGCAGCUGUUCUUGUUUACCAGGGUUCCUUGGGGCUGGUAGAGGGGAGAGUCUUGGGAAAGAGGCAGUGGUCCUCAGUGACAGGUGCAGAAUGUAUGAGAAUGAGCAACAGGAAGAAGGGAUUGGAUCAUAUGCUGAUGGUGCUGAAGUUCUCAUAGCUUCUAGAUCCCUCUUCGCCAAGGGUCAGCCCAUUCAGAUGGUUCUUUCCAGGCCCGUUUCGACACCUAAAGCCACCUGA